UGCGCGCUCGGGCCGCUCUGCUCCUUGGGUCUCGCCGCCGCUGGAGGGCCUCAGGUAGCGCUGGCACCUGCACCGGCCGCCGGAGCCAGAGGGUGGACGUCGGGACACCCCGGAAGCCGGGAAAUGGACUCGGUGGCCUUUGAGGAUGUGGCUGUGAACUUCACCCAGGAGGAGUGGGCUUUGCUGGAUCCUUCUCAGAGAAAACUCUACAGAGAUGUUAUGCAGGAAACCUUCAUCAACUUGGCUUCUAUAGGGGAAAAUUGGGAAGACCAGAACACAGAAGAUCAAUACAAAAACCAGGGACAAAAUCUUAGAGGUCGCACUAUAGAGAGACUCUGUGAAAGAAAAGAAGGUCAGUUUGGGGAAACCUUCAGUCAGAUUCCAAAUCUUAAACGGAACAAGAAAACUCUUCCUGGAGUAAAACCACAUGAGUGCAGUGUGUGUGGGAAAGUCUACAUGUGUCAUUCAUCUCUUAACAGGCACAUGAAAUGUCACACUGAACGCAAACCAUAUGAGAGCCACAAAUAUGGAGAAAAGUCCUAUGAAUGUAAGGAAUGUGGGAAAACAUUCAACUUUCGAAGUUCAUUUCGAAUACAUGAAAGGACUCACACUGGAGAGAAGCCCUAUAAGUGUAAGCAAUGUGGGAAAGCUUUCUGUUGGCCUAGUUCCUUUCAGAUACAUGAAAGAACUCACACUGGAGAGAAGCCCUACGAAUGUAAGGAGUGCGGCAAAGCCUUCAUUUAUCACACAACUUAUCGAGGACACAUGAGAAUGCACACAGGAGAGAAACCUUAUCAGUGUAAAGAAUGUGGGAAAACCUUCAGUCAUCCGAGUUCAUUUCGAAACCAUGAAAGAACUCACUCUGGAGAGAAACCGUAUGUAUGUGAACAAUGUGGAAAAGCCUUCAGAUACUACCAAACUUUUCAAAUACAUGAAAGGACUCACACUGGGGAAAAGCCCUAUCAAUGUAAGCAAUGUGGGAAAGCUCUCAGUUGUCCCACAUCCUUUCGAAGUCAUGAAAGGAUUCACACUGGAGAAAAACCCUACAAAUGUAGAAAAUGUGGCAAAGCCUUCAGUUUCCCUAGCUCCUUUCGAAAACAUGAAAGAAUUCAUACUGGAGAGAAACCUUAUGAUUGUAAGCAGUGUGGGAAAGCGUUCAUUUCUCUUCCAAGCUUUCGAAGACACAUGAUAAUGCACACUGGGAAUGGGCCUUAUAAAUGUAAGGAAUGUGGGAAAGCCUUUGAUUGUCCCAGUUCAUUUCAAAUUCAUGAGAGAACUCACACUGGAGAGAAACCCUAUGAAUGUAAACAGUGUGGGAAGGCCUUCAGUUGUUCCAGUUCCUUUCGAAUGCAUGAAAGGACUCACACUGGGGAAAAACCCCAUGAGUGUAAGCAAUGUGGGAAGGCUUUCAGUUGUUCCAGUUCUGUGCGAAUACAUGAAAGGACUCACACCGGAGAAAAACCCUAUGAGUGUAAACAGUGUGGGAAGGCCUUUAGUUGUUCCAGUUCAUUUCGAAUGCAUGAAAGAAUUCACACUGGAGAGAAGCCCUAUGAGUGUAAACAGUGUGGGAAGGCCUUCAGUUUUUCUAGUUCCUUUCGAAUGCAUGAAAGGACACACACUGGAGAGAAGCCUUAUGAGUGUAAGCAAUGUGGGAAGGCCUUCAGUUGUUCCAGUUCCUUUCGAAUGCAUGAAAGGACUCACACUGGAGAGAAGCCCUAUGAAUGUAAACAUUGUGGGAAGGCCUUCAGCUGUUCAAGUUCCAUUCGAAUACAUGAAAGAACUCACACUGGGGAAAAACCCUAUGAAUGUAAACAGUGUGGCAAAGCCUUCAGUUGUUCCAGUUCUGUUCGAAUGCAUGAAAGAACUCACACUGGAAAGAAACCCUAUGAAUGUCAACAGUGUCAUAAGGCCUUCAGUGUUCCCGUUCCUUUCGGAUCCAUGAAAGAACUCACACUGGAGAGAAACCCUAUGAAUGUCAACAGUGUGGUAAAGCUUUUAAGUGUUCCCGUUCCUUUCGAAUACAUGGAAGAACUCACAGUGGACAGUAACUAAUUGUAAAGUUUUCACUUGUCCCAUUUGUCUUUGAAGAUAUGAAAGGACUCUUGCUAUAGAGAAACCCUAUGAAUAUAAAAUGCAGAAAACUUUCAGUUCUCUGGGUAUGACUAUCAGAAGGAGCUCUUAUUAGAGAGAAACCCUAAGACCAUAAACAAUAUGGGAAAGCCUUCAGUCAUCACACAACUUUUUGAGGACAUGCAAGAAUGCAUUCUGGAGGAAUACCAUACAAAUGGAAAGAAUAUGUAAAACCCUACAGUUGUCCCAGUUUAUUUGGAAACCAUACACAAACACACUGGAGAGCAGUUUAUUGAAUGUAAACAACAUGAGAAAGACAGUUGGCUCAUGCACUGACAUAUGUGAGAAGGCACACUGGAGAGUAACUGUAAAAGUGAAAAACAACGGAAAGUUUUCAAUAUUCAUGUGAUAUUCCCUGUCAUGUGAAUCUUCAAACUCAUGUAAAGACUCCCACUAGAGAGAGGUCCUACAAAUGUACAUAAUACAAAUUAAUUCACAUAUAUCAUUUUAGAACACCCACAACAUGAAAGAUGUUUUAAAACUUGCAAGCAUAUUUUUUAGUUACUUAUUAAAGUAUCCCUGGACUAUGGAUUUCUAUUUAUUACUUUCACAGAUGAACAUAAGGUGAGAUAAUUCUGUAAGCAAUAGUACACAAGUUUAAUAAUGUUUUUUCAUUGAAUCAGUUGUUAUAAUUUUCUUUCCUUUUUGAAGUGUGCUGAGUUCAUGGGUGAACCAAAGCGUAUUUCCAAUAUGAAAGUUUUUAAUAUUUUUUUUGUUCUGCAAAUAAUGGGCCAUUGAAAAAUGACAAUUUGGAAAUCAUUGGGAUUUUCCUACUGGCCAUGUGUGGCAGGUAUUAGAUGUCUCUUACCCAUUAUAUGAUUUUAAUCAUUCCUUCUGAUUUAAAUACUCUUUGGAGGAGGAGCAGACUUUUUUCUCUGCUAAUAGUUGCCAUAAAUUUAUGAAUAUGCAAAGUUUACCUUACAGUAUAAUCUCAUUUAAAUUAUUUUCAUCUUUUGCUCUGUUAGUCAUUCCUUCUGGCUGUGAUUUAGAUGAUAGACUUUGCAUUAAGAGGAGACUUGUGGUAGCACAAUAUAAUCUUAGUUGGAAAUGACUUUCCUGAAUUGCAUUAACAUGGAUAACAGUGUGGCCUGUUUUCUACAAUCCAUCCCAUCCAGUUCCAUGCUAGAAUUCAUCAGUAGUAUAUUUGUUUGAGAUACAGAGAGCAGAAAUGAUGAGGGUGUGGGUUUUGUAGCUAUCAUAUAUGGAACUGGACGGUGGAUAGGGGCUUCAGGGAUACCUGCUUCUACCUCAUUUUCCUGAUGCUUUGCCCUGCCCAUCAUCAGUACAGUCAUGUGCUGUUUAACAGUGUUUCAGUCAACAACAGGAUGCAUAUGUAGUGGUCUUUUAAGAUUAUAAGGGACCUUAAAAUUUUCUAUUGCUUAGUGACAUUAUAUCCAUUGUGAUGUCAUAGUGCAAAGUACUGUGUGUUUGUGGUAAUGCUGGCAUAAACAAACCUGCUUUACCAGUAGUGUAAAAAUAUUGCACAUGCAAUUAGAUUUAGAUAUAAUACUUAUAGUAAUAAUAGACAACUGUGUUACUGGUUUAUGUAUUCUCUAUACUAUAGUUUUUAGCAUUUUAGAUUGCAUUCUUAUUUUUUUUUUAAGUGUACUGUAAGACAGCCUCGGGCAGGUCUGUCAGGAAGCAUUCCAGAAGAAGGCCUUGUCAUCAUCCCUGGGCGGCUCCACGUGUGGUGUUGCCCUGCAGACC